UUAUAUUUUUUCAUUUAGAUAAUAUAUUUUUUAUAAUAAUAUAUUUGUUAUAAACAUAUAAAAUGUCAUCAAGUGAUUACAAGUUUGGAAAUUUAAAUCUAAAGAAUGCAAAAGAGGUGUCUGACUAUGCAGCACAAAUAGUUGUUGAUACAGAAAAACUUGUUACACAUUCGAUUCCUGAUAAAAUCUUUGCACUGGAUAAAAUGAUUAAGGAUGAGUUUUUAGUGGUGAAAGAUGUUGUGCAACAAAAUAUUGAACACUUUGAAACUCUUAAUUCAAAUUCAAAUCACAACGAUUCUUUCAAUGACGGUAUCAUUAUGAACUCAAAAAAAAGAAAAAUUGACGAUGAAGAUCAAGAAACUCUGCCCCAUGCUGCAAAAAGUUUUCCUUGCAACAAGAGGCUGUUAAAGUUGAUCAAUAUAAUAAAACCAGAAGUCCAAGAUAUGGUGGAAAUAUGCGAAAAGAUGCAAAUGUGGAUUCAAUUGUUAAUACCAAAGAUUGAAGAUGGGAAUAAUUUUGGAGUUUCUAUACAGGAAGAAGUUUUAAAUGAAAUACAUAGAAUACAAAGUGAUUCAGUAACUUAUUUGGACUCAAUUUCACGGUAUUAUAUCACAAGAGGAAAGAUUGCUUCAAAAAUAGUUAAAUAUCCAUUUCUUAAUGACUAUAAACGAGCAGUUAAGGAAAUUGACGACAAAGAGUUUAUGAACCUUAAAUUUGGUAUUAAUGAGUUGAAAAGCAAUUAUUUACUUAUAUUGGAUUUGGUGUCAAAGAAUUAUGAGAAAAUAAAGAAACCUCGUUCUUCCAAUAAUCUUAAUGCGAUGUACUAGUUCUUGAUCAUUCUGACAAUUGCAUUUAGUCUGAUGUAAAUAGUCAACGUUGAGUGUUGUUUAGAUUUUAAAGAUAAUUGUUCAGAAAA